CCCGGGAUCCAUGAUCAGGUUGAAAGGUUCUGCUCUGGCAGAGACAGCGACCUCCUCCUCCCCUGCGCUUCUUGGGCGUUCCCCACCGGGAGCGACCGACCCGUGGGCCAGGCGCAUCUUGUCACGGUUCCCCAGGGGCCCCAGGGAACUCCGGUCGCUAAAUGCCAGGUAGUGCCUGUUCCACCUCCCAUUGUGGCCUGAGCAUGGGGACAGAGCCGGUACCUUGGUUCACCAGCUCUGUCGUUCCAAUGCCUCCGGGGGUUACGUUGGUGCCCAGUCGGUUUGCUCCUGGUCGUUAGCACGGCUGCACAGGGGGACCUGGCCUGGGAGCAGCCCUAGAGAAACGUACGCGCCGUGGGCUGGGGCUCUGAGCAGCUCGGGGGGUCGAUGCCUGGGUGUCAGACUGCACCUCUAGCCAAACCCCGAGCUGUCCAUGGGCCCUGACCUCGGCUCCCGGAGAGACCCAGGCACCGGCUCUGCCCGCCCCGUGGUACCCGGCGGCUGUAGCGAGCCCUGCAGGCAUGAUCCUGCCCUGCCUCCGCCUCGCCAGGACAUGGGCUGAGGGGCUGUUUCCGGACGUCCUGCUCUGCGUGUCUGAGGCCUGACAAGUCUCGACGCCCCUCAUGCCUGUGACUCCCCUCCACGCACAGGCUCUGCGGACCCCAAGCCAGAGAGCAGCUGUGAAAUGGAGCGAGGGGACGAGCUCCAGCGGGGGCAGGACAGAGAGAUUCCUGAGGCACCCAGCACGCGUGAUGGAAUCUGGGCUGGGGCUGAGGAGAAGCCGUGGGGAGCCCAGAAGUCCCCGGGAGGAGCAGCUGCCAUCCCAGUGCCCCAGGGGAAGGCGCCAAAUACCUGCCAGGACUGCGGGCAGAGCUUCUCGGAGCGGGGCCUCCUCAUCGUGCACGUGCUGAGGACCCACCUCGGGGAGCGAACCCUGCCCUGCGGGGAGUGCGGGAAGAUCCUCUCCGGCCGGGGCAGGCUGGCGGCGCAUCAGAGGGCCCACCUGCGGGAGCGGACGUUCACCUGCGUGGCCUGCACGCGCAGCGUCGUCUACAACAAGCACCUGGUGGACAAGGUGCGCAUGGAGCUGGCCGGAGGGAAGCCCUUCAAAUGCACCAAGUGCAGCGACAGGAUCAUCCUGAUGGUGGAGCCGCCGGCGGAGCGCGGGAGGGGCUCCUUCCCCUGCCCCCACUGCCCCAAGGUCUUCCCCUACGUCUACCUCCUGCAGCGCCACCAGCCGCUGCACGCUGGGGAGGCGUCCUUCCCCUGCGCCGAGUGCGGCAAGAGUCUCCACCGGCGGACCACGCUCGGCAAGCACCGCCGGCGCCACGCGGCCGAGCAGCCCGCCCCCUGCGCUGAGUGCAGCCGGAAGGAGCGCCGGGAGAGCCCCGCACCGGAGCAGCCGUUCCCCUGCACGCAGUGCGGGCGGCUCUUCCCCCGGCGGGGCUCCCUGGCCGCCCACCUCCGGGCCCACGCGCGCCCGCCGCUGCACCCCUGCGCCCAGUGCAGCCAGCGCUUCGGCAGCAAGCGGGCGCUGCUGGCGCACCAGCGGGCCCACGCGCCGGACAGGCCCUGCCGGGAGUGCGGCCAGGCCUUCGGCUCCAGGGCGGCCUGGGCCGCGCACCGGCUGGAGCACGAGCGGCAGAAGCCGUUCUCGUGCGCCGAGUGCGGGAAGGGCUUCAGGCGCAAGGACAGGUACACGGUGCACCAGUGGCUGCACGUGGGCCCUGCGCCCCUCGCCUGCUCCCAGUGCGGCCAACGCUUCCGCCUGCCGCUGCAGCUGGAACGGCACCAGGGCCUCCACCGGGCGCCCAGAGAGGCCAGGCUCAGGCCGAGCGCGCAGGCCUGCCCGGCCGGAGAGCUGAGCCCCACGCCUGGCCCUGCCACCCCGUCCGCGUGCAAUCCUGGGCCAGGCACCUCGCCGGCCUGGCCCGUGGUGUCCCCACCUGAGAAAUAGGGUGAAAGGGCACAAGGCCUGGGCACAAGGCCCGGGCAGUGUCUGUGGCACUGGGUGUAGGCGUACAUUAGAGAGCGGAGAGCUCUCGCUGGGGGGAGUCAUGGGGGCUGGUUUGGAAGGGGCUCUGGGCAGCCUGCAUGAGUGGGCUCAGACGGCUUCCGUAGCCUGCGCUGGGGGGCUUUUCUUUGUGUCCCCCCACACAGUGGGAGUGGGUGAUGGGAUGGGUCCCUCGACUGCCCUGUUCUGUCCAUUCCCUCUGGGGCACCUGGUGCCGGCCGCUGGCGGAAGCCAGGACCCUGGGCUGGCUGGACCGUUGGUCCGACCCCGUGUGGCCGUUCUGAUCUCAAAUGAGAUUGACGCUGUGAGCGCCUCAAAGGUAACCAGGGUCUGCGCUACAGUCAGUGUCAAACCAACCUCGCAUCUGUCUCUGCCCGGGUCACAAGGCCGGGGGCGGGGGGAGCGACAGAGCUCGGCUUUAAUACGGUGUGUGACACUGUCUCCCAUGACCUCAUAAGCACACACGAGUAAUAGAGCCUCCAGGAGCCUACGGGUGCAGGACUGGUUGGAGACCCGCUCCCAGAGAGUAGGUACCAGUGGAAUCGCAGAGCGAGUGGGGUCCCGCGGGGAUCUGCCCUGGGUCCGGUUCUAGUCAAUAUGGUCAUAAAUGAUUUGGCUAAUGACAGAGAGAGAGCGCUGAUGUUACCAAACGGAGGGGUUGCAGGUGCUUUGGAGGACGGAAUUGGAAUUCGGAAGGAUCUGGGCAAUCCGGAGAACUGGUCUGAAGUAAAUAGGAUGACAUUCAUAAGAACAAAUGCAAAGUGCUCCACUUAGGAAGGAGCUGUCGGUUGCACGCACACAAUGGGCAGGGACUGCCGAGGAAGCAGGACUGCGGGAAGGGAUCUGGGGGUGCUAGUGGAUCUCCGACUAAAAAGGAGUCAAUAAUACAAGACUGGUGCAAAAAACCCCCAACAUUCUGGGAUGUAACAGUUGGGAAUUUUUCAUACGAUUUUGGAUGAAUAAUGUGUGUGCCUCAGUUUCCCCCAUGGGCUGCAUGGUUAACGGCGGGGUGGGGGGGAAGGUUUACUCUUUGCGGAGACCCAGGAGUGGCUGAUGCCUGGCUGUCUGGGGCCUGGAGAGGACAAUGGCCACUCCAACUGCCCAGCCCUUUGGUACCUAGCAAAUAACGACCAUGGAUGGCCCAUCCUCUGCGGGAAGCCAGCCAGUAGUGACCAACUGGAGGACAAAGGAUGGAGGGGGGCUUGUUGAGUUCUUACGUGUGGGCUG